AUGAUUCAAUUGGUGGAUUGGAUAAAGAAAUCAAGAUUAUUAAAGAAAUUAUCGAAAAUGCAUUCAACAAUUAUAAUUUAUUUAAAGAAUUUGAUUAUAAAUCAUUUACAAAACUUUAAAAUUUUAGGAUUAAAUCCACCAAAAGGAAUACUUUUAUAUGGACCAUCUGGUACUGGCAAAACAUUGAUAUUUAAUGCAGUGGCAUCAGAAACAAAUUCAUACAAAAUUUUCAUAAAUGGUCCUGAGGUUAUUAGCAAAUAUUAUGGUGAAACAGAAUCAAAGUUGAAGAGUAUUUUUGAAAAGGCAUUGGAAAACUCACCUUCAAUAAUAUUUAUAGAUGAAAUUGAUGCUUUAUGUCCAAAAAGAGACCAAGUUAAUAAUGAAUCAAGUAAACGUGUGGUUGCCAUGAUGCUUACAUUGAUGGAUGGUAUAUCAAACAAAGGUGAUGAUAAAAAUGGUAAAGUGAUUGUUAUUGGUUCUACCAAUCGGCCCAAUUCGUUGGACGAGGCAUUAAGAAGACCUGGAAGAUUCGACAAAGAAAUUGAAAUUGGAAUUCCCAAUUCCCAUUCAAGAUCAUUAAUAUUACAAACUUUAUUGAAAGAUAUUCCAAGCUCAUUAACAAUUGAUGAAAUUGAAUCAUUUUCAUCAAAACUACAUGGUUAUGUUGGGGCGGAUUUGUCAGCAAUUUGUAGAGAAGCUGGAUUAAAAGUUAUAAAAAAUAGAGUUAGGAAUAAUAUUGAUGGUAAUGACGAGGACAACAACAACAAAAAUGAUAAAGAUGAUAUUAAGAUUACAUUAAAAGAUUUAGAGGAUGCGAUGUUAAAAGUUAGACCAAGUGCAAUGAGGGAAAUAAUAUUAGAAAUACCAAAAGUUUAUUGGAAAGAUGUUGGUGGACAAAAUGAAAUUAAACAAAAGCUAAAAGAGAGCAUUGAAUGGCCAUUAAAGUAUUCGGAGAAAUUUAAAAAUUUAGGUAUCAAGCCACCAAAAGGUAUAUUAAUGUAUGGCCCACCUGGUUGUAGUAAAACAUUAAUGGCAAAAGCAUUAGCAACUGAAGCAAAUUUGAAUUUCAUAGCUGUUAAAGGUCCCGAGUUAUUUAGUAAAUGGGUUGGUGAAUCAGAGAAAGCAGUCCGUGAAAUAUUUCGUAAAGCAAGAGCCGCAUCACCAUCCAUUAUAUUUUUUGAUGAAAUUGAUGCUUUAACAGUUAAGCUUGGUGAUAGAGUAUUAUCACAAUUGUUAAAUGAAAUGGAUGGUAUAGAGGUUUUAAAUAAUGUUACUAUCGUAGCUGCUACAAAUAGACCUGAUAUAAUGUGCUUUGUUAAGACCAGGUCGUAUAGAUAG